UCACAGUGUGGGCAGCGAACAACGCACACUGCGAAACCCAUCUGUCACGCGGAAACACAUUGACAGAGAAGAAAAGAGUGCACUCACACACGCACACAGACACACACACACAUACAUACAUACAGAGAAGAAAAAUAACGAAAUCGAACCAAACCUUUGGUUGUAGUUUUCUCCCUACUGCUGGCUGGCUGCUGCUGCCGGGUGUCACGGAUGAAAGCUUUAUAGACAGGCAAGCAGCCCGAACCGAUGGAAGGGGAAAAGGAACAGACGGUGGAACCGUCACCGGCCGCCAGCGCCGCGAAAGAGGAGUCGGCCACGGCCCAGAAGGAGCUGGCCCGGAUGCGGGAAGAGUUCAACCAGCAGCGGGCCCGCAUGAAGGAGCUGUACCUAGCCAAAGAAAAUGAGUGCAAACGGCACGCGGCCGAAGCGACGGCCGCCCGGAAGGAGCUCGAGGAGGCGAAAGCCCAGCUACGGAUCAUGGAGUACAGCCGGGAGAAGGACGCGGAGGAGCAGCGGAACAAGGUGGAGGACGAGAACCGCACCCUGAAGCAGCUGGUGAACGAAACGCUCGACGAGUCGUCCUGCAUGCGGGAGUCGGUCCAGCAACUGCAGGACGAGAACGGCCGCCUGCUGGAGGAGAUCCGGCAGCUGAAGGAGGAGCUGGCGGACAGUAACCAGGUUUCGCCGAGCCUCGCCAAAACGGUCCAGCAGGCGAAGAAGAUAAUACUCAAGCUCGGGGCGGCCGACUCGAGCAGCUGCGACAAUCUGGAGGAAUCAAUGCGGAAGGUAAAGAAAUAUGCACAGGAAGAUGCGGAAGUGUUGCGUUCGCUGGUCGUCCCGCUGGAGGAGGAGAUCAAGUCGCUGAAGGAAAAGCUGCGGCUCGCGUACGAGGAAAUCGAGACGUACAGUGCGACGCGUGACGCGCCGAAGCGCGAGGCCAGCAGCAGCAGCAGCAGCCACAGCAGCCACAGCAGCAGCAGCGCGCAGCAAACGUCUGCGAUGCUCGGCAUGAUCGGCGCCCAACCGGCACCACCCGAAGGCGAGCCGGCGGAGAAACCGUGCGAACGGUGCGCCGCCCACGAGGCCGCCCUGGCCCGCCAGCAGGAGGAGGAGCGGAAGCGCACGGCCGGCUGGGAGAAGAGCCUCGAGCGGCUGCGGGAGCAGGUGGCGAAGGAGGCGGCCCUGCGCGCCGACCUCGAGGUGCAGUGGCACAAGAAGCGCGAGGAGCACAAGAACGAGGUGCAGAAGCUGACCGACUGGGCGACCGAGACGGAGCGGGCGCUCGACAAGCUGCGGCGCGAGUACGGCCAGCUGAAGGUGGCGCUGCGCGACGAGCUGCAGAAGCUGACGCAGGAGCGCGAGCACGUGUGCUACCGGCUGAACGGGCUGCAGCAGGACAACGACUUCCUGUCCGGCAAGUACGUCGCGAGCUCGGACGCGCUCAAGGACCAGGAGAUCAACCUGCCGCAAAGCAUCGAGGAGCUGCAGGAGCUGGUGCUGACGCUGCACGAGAACCUGAUCGUCACCAAGGCGGGCUGCGAGUUCGCGGAGCGGAAGGCGCGCAGCAUGCAGGACGAGGUGGCGCUGCUCCAGGAGCAGCAGCACUGCCGCGACCGGGAGGCGAAGAAGGCGGAGCAGCACUACCACCAGAAGCAGCACCAGCUGCACGAGCAGCUGCGCAAGCAGCAGCACGACUUCCAGCUGCUGGACAGCCUGCGCAGCGAGCUGGAGUGUGCGGAGGUGGAGCACAAGAAGCAAAACUCCGAGCUGCGCAUGCAGAUCAUCGAGCUGCAGGCGGCGAACGAGCGGCUCGACCGCCAGAACGGGGACCUGCGCAGCAAGAUGACGGUGCUGCAGGAGGACCUGGCGAACAACGAGGCGGUGCAGAAGGACUUCGUGAAGCUGUCCCAGUCGCUGCAGAUGCAGCUGGAGAAGAUCCGGUCGGCGGACACGCAGGUCCGCUGGCAGGACGACGACGACGUCGACCAGUGCCCGAACUGCAAGAAGGAGUUCACGGUGACGCGGCGCAAGCAGCACUGCCGGCACUGCGGCACGAUCUACUGCCAGCCGUGCCUGGGCAAGUCGGUGCCGAGCGGCCCGAACCGCAAACCGGCCCGGGUGUGCGACGUGUGCCAUACGCUGCUGGUGCAGGACACGGCACCGUACUUCAGCCGGGAGCCGCCCCAAUCACCCUAAAAACCGGCGCUCGGUUGGCGCUCCGCCACAGCCAAAACACAGCAAAGCACGUGAUUUAUGCUAAUGAUUAGUACGGUAACUACUCCCCAUUCUUCCUUUCCCCACUCCACACACACCUGUUACUUCGAUGUGUUAUGCAGCAGAGAACCCCGAAAACGCAAGGCACCAAGGCAACGAAUUUAUUCGUUGGUGAUGCCCCACUUUGAAUCAUUUGCUGCGCACACGGUGCUGCUGGGUGCCUUUUUUUCUUUCUUUUGGUUUAGUGUUUUAAAGCGCUCUACCCCCUUUCCCAACCUUGGAACACGUUUUCCUACGUUUCGGGCCUUGAAACUCCGGACAGCGUGGAAGCGUGUGCACUCGUGUAAAGUUGUAGAAAUAUGUUAUUUACCAGAGAAGUAAGGAUGCCAGUAGCGACGAGAGACAGAAUGGUUUAGCAAAAACGAAACAAACAAAAAAAAGGACCACCAUUCCUUCCCCUAGCUUUAGUGCUCACAGGUGCGCGUGUUUGACCCAUUGCAAGCCGUCUGCGCCGCCGUGGUAGUCGGGUUUUUCGUGUGUUUUUUUUUUAUUUGUUUUAUGUGUAAGAAGGAAAGUGUGCAAUCACCAGAGGGCGUGUGAGACGAAAUUUGUGGCUCGGCUCGUUGCGAAAAGCGCACUGCAAUUACCACCGCAAGGUGAUGAAUGAAUGACUAUUAUUCGGACCUGGUGGACCGGACGCAAAUUUCGGCGACGAAAAAUUUGGAUCGAAAUUUGGAAGUUUGUUAAGAUUGUGCUACUGGUGACGUUAUAUCAAAUAAAAAUGUAAUACUCUUGCAUUACACCAGCAUAUUGGAGUAAUUGAUGA